AUGGCCAAUGUCUCCAUGGUGACGGAAUUCCUCCUGCUGGGUUUCUCGGAGGUCUGGGAGCUGCAGCUAGUCCACGCCGCAUUGUUCCUCCUGGUCUACCUGGUGGCCCUGACAGGGAAUCUCCUUAUCUUGGCCAUCCCCACCCUCGACCAGCAUCUCCACAGCCCCAUGUACUUCUUCCUCAGGAACUUGUCUCUCUUAGAUCUCUGCUACAUCACCACCACCGUCCCCAAAUCCAUCCUCAACUCAUUGACCAACAGCAGAUCCAUCUCCUUCCUGGGGUGUACUACACAGGUCCUUUUAAUGAUUCUUUUUGGUGGUUCAGAGUUUUUCAUCCUUACUGCAAUGUCCUAUGACCGCUACGCGGCCAUCUGCUGCCCCUUGCGCUAUGACACCAUCAUGGACCAAGAGGUUUGUAGGAAGAUGGCCACUGCAUCCUGGCUCAGCGGGGGUCUCUACUCCCUGAUGCACAGGGCUGCCACCUUUUCCUCCCACUUUUGUGGUCCUCGCAUUAUCCACCAAUUCUUCUGUGAUGUCCCCCAGUUGCUCAAACUCAUGUGCCCUGGGGAGGCCCGAGCAGAGAUCUGUGCUCUUGUCCUCAGUGUUAUUUUGUGUUUGGGCUGCUUUGUAUCUAUUCUCGUGUCUUAUGUCCACAUCUUCUUGGCGGUGCUGAAGAUGCCGGCCACCAAGGGCCGGACCAAAGCCUUCUCCACCUGUCUGCCUCACCUCAUUGUGGUCUUUUUGUAUCUUUGCACGGGUUCAUUUGCCCAUCUGAAGCCACCCUCAUCCUCCCCAUCGAAGCUCGGCCUGCUGGUGUCUGUGUUCUAUACAGUGCUGCCCCCCACCCUGAACCCCCUCAUCUACAGCCUGAGGAACAAGGACAUGAAGGCUGCCCUGGGGAAGAUCUUCUCUGUCCACUUCAUUUCCAGGGUGAACUGA